UUCAUGACAUGGGGAGUAAAAUUUCCUUCAGCAGAAGAAGCAGUGACCAAUUCACAGUCUCGGAAUUAACACCUGUGACAUCACGUCCUCGUAGUUCCUUUCAUGUACCCACAGACUGCAAACAGGUAGCUAGUUUGUAGGGCAUAUAUGUUCAUCCAUCCAUCCAUUUUCUCAUAUUCAGGGUAACAACAUAGGCUGGAGUCUAACACGAACUACACACUGAACUCAUUCAGAAUGUCACAGUAUUAGUUGGAAUUCAUGUUUCGUUCAAUGAACUGCAGCUCCUCAGUGUCGGCAAUGAUGCUAUCUCCACUAUGCUUCACUGUACCAGUUAUCUUGGUACUCACUUGUGUUGGCAGCUAUUUAGACAAUAAUGCCUGUGUGUUGCGUCACUGUCAGUGGAUAAUCUAUACAAACUGUACACUGACUGCUCUAAAAUACACUAUAUCUAAGUUUCAUUUCAAUAGUAUUGUCUCUUGAGAAGAUAUAUUGUAAUAAAAAAUGGUUGCUGAAAUGUGAGGGGAGUACUCACUUUUGUGAGAUAGUGUAUGUAGUCAAACCUGUCUUAGCGGCCACUUUUAUGAAACGGCCACCUGCCUAUAGCGGCCACUGAAAAAUCCCCCGCGGCAAAUUUACAUGUUAUAGACCCUGUGUAUAGCAGUAACCUGUCCAACGCGGCCACCCCUUUUGUCUCCCUUGGUCAAUAUCUGACCGCAUAUAGCGGCCAAAUUACCGACUCAAAAGUAGAAGCUUCAUGCACGAAAAAUUUUGUUUUUCAAUCAAUGAAGCCGUCGUGUGUAGACUUUAAUUCCGUCUUAAUUCCGUCUUCUUUUGAGCUUGCUAUUUCCUGGUCAAACAUGUAACUUUAAGAGCAUUUGCACCAAAACAUUACCGCAAAGUAGGCUGGGAACAGGACGCGCUCCCAACGACGCAACAAUUUAAAAAAAACAUACGCUAGCAUGCAUGCGGCAGCGGGAGCAAAACUGAGUUGGGUUGUACUUAAUUGAAGUAUUUUAGAAUGUACUCACGUUAUUUUUCAUCAAUCCUCAUCCACAAAUCCAUCAAAGUCCUCAUCUUCUGUAUUUGACACAAAAAAGCCGUCUUCUUUUCCGUUCGCUACAAGUCUGUUAACUUGUCAGUGUUAUUCAGCUCCGAAGCAAAGAAGGAAACUUCUCCUGUUGAUUCUGCCAACUUUAUUUAUUGAACGUGGCCACCAGAGCGCAGCUCAGCACACACACACACACGUCUCGUCUCUCCUUCCUGCUUACCCACAAGCCAAAGGUUAAACAAGCCCCACUACAUAGCUGUCCAGGCAAUGCCUGUAACAAGUGACACCGUUUAUUUCCUGGUGUGAGACAAUGUGCACUGGUCAAUACUGUAAUGCCGCUUGUUGUGGGGAAGGAGAGACUCACGUCGCCGAUGCACUUUAAUGGCUUUAUUAACAGCGGAGAACACUGCAGGACUUUACAUCCACGCCAACAUAAACACACUUCCCAACUCUCUCGAAACCCAUAGCUAGCACUGAGCCUAGCGCUCCUGCUCGGGACACCCACCGUCACUUCCCGUCACUUCCUGAUGAACUAAAGCUGUAAUGACACUCUGCCGUAUAAAAAGUAAAAUAUUAAAAACAAGCGUAAGACAUUACUAGCACAGCUUUGUUCUGUGGGUCGUGGAUAAUAACAAGCCUAGUAGUGCUGUACAACUUUUAUCCGCAGUCCCACAGUGCCCUCUACUGGUCAACAUUAUUAUUAUUUUUUCCCCCUUUUUUUCUCUUUUUUUUUCCUCUACUGGUCAACAUUCAAACCGGACCCCAACCUGUCUAUAGCGGCCACUUUUGCAGUCUCCCUCUAGUGGCCGCUAUAGACAAGUUUGACUGUACCUAAAUUGCCAAUGAUUCGCAAAUACACUCGCUACUCCAAAAGUUAUGGUGUUGCACAGUGUUCACAGCAUACAUUUUAGAGUUAAAUGUAUGAUUAUGGUUAAAGUACUGAAUGAUUAUUCCUGCUCCUGAUACUUUUUGUAAGGCUAUGUUCUUUUCUGAAUAAAGAAAAGCCUGGACAUGUAUGAAUAAUGUAAGACCCAUGUAAGACAAGGGUAUCUGUAAAGCUGUUUUCCACUAACUGCCACUGCUCUUUGCAUACUUGUUAACAGAAGUCAGCACAGGCAAGCAAAGUGAGUAACUGACAAGGAUUAAAACAUCAACACCAUGUCAGAGGAAUCUGGCUGUACCGUUGCCAGUGAGGAGAACCAGGAUUCCAAAUGGGGCGAAGAAUCAAAAGUAACAAAUCUGAGUGAGCCUUCACCUGAAUGCCGUUCAUCAGAGACUCUAAACUCUGAAGGAUCUAUUGAUACCAAGCGGCAACCAAAUGAACCUGUUGUCUCACAGGUAGGGAUGGAAGGACAGUCUGAAAUAACACCGGCGAGUGUGUGCAGCUCAACAUGUGGACAACAUAUGGCGAUUCAAAAUAAACUUGGGUGUCCUGAAGAAAUAAAACCCUUGUUGAAUAAUGACAAUGUCAAAGCAGAUUUUGACCAACUUGUGGCAACUCAACACGAAGAGAUAAGCCAUACAGUACCCGUGCCAACAUGCAAUGGUGAAACUGUGUCCAACAAUUCUGGAACCUUUGCACUCUCUGAUGGACAAGCAGAAGAUGAUGUUCCAUUGCUGCCGAAAAGAAAAAGAGGAAGACCAAGGAAAGCCCAAUUUUCACCUCUUGAAACUAGUGUUUCAAAGGUUCCGAUUGGUGAUAAUUCUAGUCCUACACGGAAACUUAGUAGUAGGGAACAGGCAAUGGAUGAAAACACAGAUGUCAUUGUUGGCCCAAAGGAAACAGAGGUCUCCCCGACUCCUAAGAGAAAUCAAAGAAGAAGAUCAAAGUUCCGAAUCAAUCAGAAAGUCCCUGCUAAAGUGUCCAAAUCGGACCUCUCACAGGAAAGUGUUUCCCAGUUAAACAAAGAGACACACUUAGUCAAACAGGGGGUUGAGGAUACUGAGCAGGUUCAUCCACAUGGAAACUCAAGCCACCUGUCCCUGUGUCCUGUAGCGGAAGAGACCGUUAAACAGGUGGAAAGACAUAGUGAAAAUGUGCAGUUGAUACCAGAUGGAAAUGGAGAAGACUUGUCCCUGCAGUCUGCAAUAAAAGGGACCGUUGGACACAUGGAUAGCGGCCAUCAGCUGGGUCAUUCAGAUGGCGAAGUCCAUCGCAUGACCCCACAGUUUGUGGAGCCACAGCUGCUUGACAGAAAUGAAGAUGUUGUGCCACAGAUCUCCAUUCCAGGAGCUCAGCAUAUAUUUGAAAACCCCAAAACACAGCCAGUGGAUGAGAGUGGCCUUAAAGAGUCAGAGUCUCUGAGCAGUCUCUACAAUUCAGAGGCCGCUAACCUUCCACAGACUACAGGGCCAGGUUGCAAUGACAUUGUAGCAUCUUCUGCAGUACUCCCUGAAACUGAAAUCAAACUUGAGAGCAUGGAAGUAGAGCUGAAUCAAUUGGAUCCUGUGCCAAAGUCAAAUAAUCGUGCAUGUUUAAAAAAUACCAAAAUGACCGGUUCUGAAAAGCUAAGCCAUCAACAAAUCACUUUCAGGCGCAAAAGAGGCCACAAGAGAAGACGGAGAUUACCUAACGUUUUGCUGCAGGAAGCUGAUCCUAAACUAGAAACAGACAACACAGAGGCCAACAUAAAAAUAAUCUACAUCCGUAAAGGGUCGAAAACUUUGCUGAGAUGUGGCUUCUGUGGUCGCACGUAUAAUUACAUGUCUCAGUUUGUUAUACAUCAACGUGUUCAUACAGGCGAGAGACCCUUUGAAUGCCCUGAAUGUGGUAAAGGUUUCAGCAAGAACUCCAACUUAAAUCUUCAUCUAAAAACGCACAUGAAGAAUAUCUCACGUAAAGAAUGUACAUAUUGCAGAAAGAAGUUCUCAGAAGACGAGUAUUUAAUCCACAUCAAGAUGCAUGCUGAAGCGCUGGAACAAGAAGAAGUUUUGAAAACGGAAAACCUGAGCAUAGAUAUUAACCCUGGUAAAACUCCUGAGAGAGCUUUGUCCUGUGACAGGAAUGAAAGCAGAGUGUGUCAAUUCUGUGGAAAGUCCUUCAAAUUUCAGUCUGCGCUUAUUAGACACGAACGCGUCCACACUGGGGAGAAGCCUUACAAAUGUUAUCUCUGUGGCAAAGCCUUUGCCCAGACCUAUUUCCUCCAUGUGCAUGAGCUGACCCAUUGGUCGGUGAAGCGCUACAACUGCACAGGUUGCGGAAAGACCUUCAGUCAUUACAGCAAUGCAAAAAAUCAUACAUGUAGACCUCCUGGAAGCAACAAGCCUAGCAAACAGAUAGCAGGAACGUCUUUGCUAACUUACACAUGCCCAAUUUGCAAGAAUAUUUUGGACAGCCUGCCGAAGUUAAAAAAACACAUGAGAGGUCACAUAGGGACAAAGCUGUAUCACUGUUUGCAUUGUGACAAGCUUUUUGGUGAGCUGUCUGAAUUUAAUGCUCAUUGUGGUCACUGCCACAGAGAGAAAAACACUUCUGCUGUUGCAGAGGGAGAGAGAAUGUCAUUAGUAGAGUACACAGAGUCAAGACAUAAUUUUUUAUCACAGGACAAGUCAGACGCCCAGCCUACAGGAAGUUGUGAAACCCACAAACGAGCAUCCUACCAAAUCAACCCCAAGAUAGGUUCCUCUAAGUCAACGAAACCAUUCCAGUCAACUGCACCAACUCACCAGCUAUCGUAUUUUGUGUCCAAGUUGAACAAACUAGACAACCGAUCGGACCCCAGGAAGUAUUUAUGCCCCAGUUGUGGCCGACUCUUCAGGCACAUGGGCAGGCUUCGAGCCCACAUGCUUACUCACGCUCGCCAGCAAAGUUACACCUGCUCUUGCUGCGGUAAGACUCUUGAAAACUGGACCAAACUGUGGCGUCAUCAGAGAAUCCACCGGCAACGUCGAGGCCGCUUCAUGUGUCCCUUGUGCUCCAAAGCAUUCCGAUUUGUCCAGACGUACAAACAACACAUGCGCGAGCACCGGGACUUCCACUGGAUUCAGUCAAAGACUAAGAGAGUGUUUCUGCCUUAUAAUUGUGAUCAGUGCCAAUGUAGUUUUAAGACCCUUGAUUUGCUGUUUAGUCACCAGCUUUGUCAUUUCUCAGCAGAGGACAUGCACAAAGACUCUGAUUUUGACUUGUCCUUUGAUGAUCAGUGUACACAAUCUAAUAACUCAACCACAAACCAUCAUGUAACAACGCUGUGUCAUGAACAUGAGGACCUUAUGUCAACAGUCCAUAAAGAUCUUUUGCAAACUCUAAACCAAAAAGGCUCACCUCUCCUGACUUUAAAUUCAUCUGGCGUCAGUUUGGGUAACACUGCCAAUAGUCCCAAAAGUAAAAAUUUUAUUCGAGACAAAGGAUCCAGGUGCCACAGAUUUGAAGGACAAGUAACAAAAAAGGGCAAAGCACCGUUGAAAACUGCGACCAAACAUCCAUCCCCCCAAAAAGAGUCUACAAAAGGCCUUAGUUGUGCUAUGUGUGCUAAUGAAUAUACAGCAGUUUCAGACCUUUAUCAGCAUUAUUUGGAGCACGCUAGAGGUCAAGUGUAAUGGCCUCGUCGGAUAUACCAUGACAACUUUGUAUACUGUACUUUAAUUAGAACGUAUUUUGGACUGAAUUAGAGCACAAUGUAGCUAUAGUUAUAUUGUAGAAAAUAUGAGGUUUACCUUUUGUUUUCACUAUUGUUUUUGACCAUUUCAAAGGUGCUCUUCAUCUGUACAUUAUGGGGCCACAAUCAGAAGUUGUUUACGUGACAUUGCACUACAAACUGUCUAUAAGUAGACUGUCAUUCAUUGAUUAUAAAAUCUCAAGCUUUGUCCUCAUGCUGAAUUAUAUUUUCAGUAUGUAACAUCAAUUUAACGUCAGACAGGCAUGCUUGAAAAUAUGUACACAAUAAUUUACAAAACCCUCACCCAGAAUUGUGACUGAAUUUUCUUUUGCUGUUCAUUCUACAUUUUCCUGGAAAAAUACAUUUUAACAAAUUGGUUUCUAUGCUCAAUUGUGUAUAUGUUCACUGCCUAUGUGUUUUGUCAUCACCAAUAAAGGUCUGUUUUGUUUUUACAAUC